UGAUAUAGAUGAUCAUAUAGUUUAUAAGUGGCGGAAAAUUCGUGUGGGAAAACGAGUGGUGAUAAGUUUUGGUCUGCCUUAAUCCACAAAUGCUUGAAUUUAGGCGAGUGUUGAAGCUUUCAGAAAACAUGAUGCGGUGAUGUGCAUGGUUAUGUCUCAAGACAGAAAAAUGGCAAGAGUACCAGCAGGAAGGGAUAGAGAAAAGCAUCGGUCUUCGAGCCCAAAAUUGCGAGGCUCUGGAGGUGCUGGGCACUCAUCUUCAGGAAGAGUAGGGAAGACACAAGUGAAGAAAUCUGCUUCAGACCGGAAACUCGAGUCUCAAAAAUUGAGAUUAGCUGCUAGAGAAAUAAGAUCCGACAGACGACACGCAGUUAAGAACAAGAAUACGUCGAAAGUACAAAAGCAGGUUCCGAAAGCCGACAGUAUGCCAACAGUUGCAGGGGGAGAGGAGACUGAAGAUGAAGCGCUGUACAAACAGAAUAUGUUGAUAACACCAGAGUCGGAGCGAAAAUGUUCAGCACGUGAAAUUGAAAAAAUCAGAGAAGCACUCGUAGACGCUCUUGAACCUCUCGAGGACGGGUGUUUUCCACAGUUUUACAAUUCGAACAAUUCGCAGGGUGUUCUCAUCCUUACGUGUGCCAACGAGCAGACAAAGCAGUGGCUGGAGAGAACUGUGCCCCUGCUGAAGCCGUGGGAUGGUGCGAAGCUCUGCGUAAAGCCUAAAGGGGAAGUGGCACGAGGGACUAAGGUACUAUUUAAGACACCAAAGUUGUUUGCCAAGACAGACCCUAAAAAAAUCUUGCUGAUGCUCAGCACUCAAAACAAGACUCUAGAGACCAGGACGUGGAGGAACGUGAGUGCGAAAUCCGAUUCGUCAGGCCAGACUCUGGUCUACGUAGUUGACAAUCGGAGUCUCGAAGCCAUCCGAGCCUUGAAGAAUAAAGCAUAUCUCGGAUUAGGCAAUGUCGAGUUAGUUAUCUUAGAUGAGGAGGACAGCAAGCAGCCCUCUGUAGAUGCAGACGUGAAAAUUGAGGCGGAAGAUGGCAAGGACACCUCCGUAGAUACCGACACGGCUCCUGCAGAAAAAUCUGAAGUGUUGUGAUGUUCGUAUUUGAGAAGCAGCCACAAACAUUUAGACAAUUGUUGCUCGAAUACAGCAGAUCCGGAGAGAACUUCAUGUGAAUUCAGUGUCCUCGUACAGUGUACCGAGGAGGACAGUGCGUGUGCUCGAGCUGCUUCUAGCUACAGUGCAACCUUGUUUAUUUGGACUGUGUGAGGCCAGAAGUAAGCCUACAAACCAGGAGAAUGUGGUAAUACAAAUAAUGUUGUUGUGGUCUUCAGGCCAGAAACUCACUCGGUGCCUCUCCCCAUAUUAGUCUAUCCUGAGCGAGUCCUUUUAUUGUUGUGUAACUACUGCAACCUAUAUGCAUUUGAUUCUACUCACUGUUGUCGAGCCUGAGUCUCCCUCUACAGUUUUUAUCUCUCACACUUUCCUCAGUUACCGAGUUGACUAUUGUUAGACGCCUCAGGACGUGUGCUGUUCACUGAUUUCACUGAUCUCUUCCAUUAGUCGAAUUGUGCCAUAAUUUUCUGUCAUUCCUGACUAGAGUCAAUACCUCUUCAUUGAUUUUUCAUUCUGUCCAUUAGAUCUUCAGCAUUAAUUUGUCACACUACAUUUCUAAAGCUUGUAUUAACUUUUUAUCUGUACUGUUAUUGCCCUCAUUUCACUGUGAUAUAAGGCUACUCUCUGCACCCUUUACCCUUAAAUUUAUGUGAUAUGUUAACAUAUUUCUCUUUGCCAGGGAAGCUUUUCUUGCUUUGUCAGUCAGCUGUCAGUUAUUUUCCUGCCUAAAUAGCAAAAUUUGGCUGCUUUUAGCAUUUCAUUUCCUAGUCUGAUUUCCCCCAGCAUCACCUAUUGUAAAGGAAAUGCACUGCCUUAUGCAUCUUUACCUUUUAUUUAUGUUCCACUUAUAAUCUAUUUCAAAGGCAUUAUCCAUACUAUCAACUGAUCUUUCAAGGCUUAUAAUAACAAAACAUACUGUAUGGUUCAUUCUGAUGUAAAACUAUGUAACAAACAAGAUUUUACAGUUUGUUGAAAAACAAAAACUGUCCUCUUACUGGUACUUUUUUUUUUAAAAUGUAUGCCACAGUGUGUGCUGCCUCCCUCGCCCCCUGUUGCACUUUGUCUGUCGCAGUACCACAAGCACCCACUGAUGUUUUCCAUACCUAUCUCACAGCUUCCAUUUAUGUGUUAUAUGUUUAUAGAAAAUCACCUGAGCCAGAUCAAACACAGUUUCUGCAAAUUGCAUACUCUGCAUUGUAUUUAAAAGUCAUUUAACGUAAGGAAUGAAAAUAAAAUUUUCAUGAAGAACUAAUAGGAGUAGGUGAGAGCUAUAAAAACGACGUUGUAUUGUAGCAGCGACAUGUUAUAUUUCAGUGUAGCUGUUAUGUGACAGAUGUGCACAAUUCUCAACAUUUCCUCCUUAUUACAAACUUUCCAAGGCACUGUACGUUAUGUCUUUCCAAAAAAAAUAAAGUGAAAUGCAAGUUUUUCUUUAUUCGUUUGUUAAUUGCAAAUGCACAGUUACCAUUGAGGAAAAGCCUCUCAGUAAGUUAUGCACCGCUAACGUCUGUGCUGCAUGCAGUUUGUGGUAUCCAGUGGUCCUGAUAGCAUAAUGCAACAGAGAGCAGUGGGUUGGGGGCUCUGAGAUUAAUUUCUGCUUGGGAAAAUGUUGAGUUUGUGAAAAAUAAACCAAGGCAAAUUUCUUCGCUAGGCAAUGAAAACCUCGUAACUCAAAUUGGUCAAAUUUUACAGGAGAAACACAAAACUGAUUAUAGAAAUCACAUGGGGACCUGAUUAGUCAAAUGUAGUGGUUUCUGCAACACAAUAUGGAUGUGGUCAUUGGUACAUAAGACUUUAUUAUGCACUUCAAAUUGUCUGCCGGUUUUUGGAGUUACGAGGUUUUCACAGUUAUUUUUUUGGUAGUGAUGGAGAUAAGAGGCAUGUAACAAGUGCACGGUUAAGAACUGAAAUGAAUGAAUGUUUCAUUUGUUUUAAAAAAUAUUUACUUAAACUUUGCGUUAUAUGUGUAUUAUGAAACAUCUGUAUGGAUAAAUUGUUACAGAUAUUGAUCAAAAUAUUAGAA